ACUGGGCCUGACGUAAGCUCACGGUUAGUUCCUCGUCGACUAUGAGCGGCGUAAGCCAUGCCGCUUACGAGUGCACGCGUUGCAUUCUCGGUGACUCUGUCGUUGCUUGCCUUACUGCCGUCGCCGUCCUUACAGGAUCGUGCGUGGACUUUAGAUGAUGGUUUUUCUGAUCGAUACGAGACAACAGCGACUGGCUCACCAGGCCGUUCCACGUGGAACGGGAACACUGAAUUUUCCGGACCAUCGAGUCAUAAUAUAUGGGGGGGUGGUGGCAGAGGGUCACCAGGUGGUCAUGGUCUUCCUGGAUUAGGGGGCGGCAGUUCUUCAGGAUUGAACGAUAAACGCCCUUCGGGUUGGAACAAAGUGGACACUGAAAGUUCGUCCGGAGGUGAAACUUAUUCACGUUCAAAUAAAGGCGAAAACUCACGUCAAAAUAAGGGCGAAAACUACUCACGUUCAAAUAAGGGCGAAACCUACUCACGUUCAAACAGCGGUGAAAGCUAUCAACGUUCAAACAACGGUGAAAAUUAUUCACGUACAAAUAAAGGCGAAAACUAUUCACGUUCAAAUAAAGGCGAAAACUAUUCACCUUCAAAUAACGGUGAAAACUAUUCACGUACAAAUAAAGGCGAAAACUAUUCACGUUCAAAUAAAGGCGAAAACUAUUCAUCUUCAAAUAGUGGUGAAAACUAUUCACGUUCAAAUAAGGGCGAAACCAAUUCACGUCCAAAUAGCGGUGAAAGCUACUCACGUUCAAAUAAGGCCGAAACCUAUUCACGUUCAAAUAACGGUGAAAGCUAUUCACGUCCAAACAACGAUGAAAACUACUCACGUUCAAAUAAGGGAGAAAACAAUCCGCGUUUAAAUAAUGAUGAAAACUAUCAACGUUCAAAUAACAAUGAAAAUUAUCGUCCAAAUAAUAAUGAAAAUUAUCCACGUUUAAAUAACGAUGAAAACUAUAAUUCACAAUCAAAUAAUGGUGAAAACUAUCCUCGUUCAAAUAAUGGUGAUAACUAUCCACAUUCAAACGCUGGAUCCACCCAAAGACCUUAUUCCGAUUACGACAGAGAGAGCCCCCGUGGUCCAGAUGAUCGCGUAUCCGAUCGAAAUGAAUAUCCACAGAGUCGACAGUGCAGAGACAACGAAUUUCGUUGUGGAAAUAACGAAUGCCUACCGCGAAGCGUUAAAUGCGAUAAUAAAGUUGAUUGUCGCGAUGGCAGUGACGAAGAAUCUUGUAUUGCAAAUAGAAAUGAGCAGGACGGCUGCGUCCUGCCUGAACAACCGGAAGGUGGGCAUUACGAAUUGAGCGAUUGCAACAGACAUUGCACCAAACGUCCUGGUGACAUGGUUCCCAAAAACAGCAUCCUCAAUUACACCUGUAAAAGUAAUUACAUGCUGAAAGGAAACACCAUUUCCGUUUGUGUCGACAACAAGUGGUACAAGCCGCCUAGGUGCCACAAAAUCUGCCCGUCGUUGAACAGCACCAGCGUAGACAUUUCCUGCAGCUACCAGGGAGAAACGGUGUCCUGUAGCGAGCGUAUACUGCCUGGUACGCGGGCUACACUCGCCUGUAAAUCAUCUUAUAAAUUACCUUUAACGAACGAUCCGGCUUACAGGAAUAUCACGUGUCUCGACGAUGGUUUAUGGGAUCGUCGCCUUUUUCGCUGUCUGCCAGAAUGCGGAACAUCCGUCGCGCGCGGCAACACCUUAAUCGUGAGCGGAUUCCAGGCUAAAGUAGGGGCAUUUCCAUGGCACGUUGGUAUUUACUCCAAAGAGCGCACGGGCGAGUAUCAGCAGAUAUGCGGCGGCACUUUAAUUAACAACAAUCUCGUCGUAUCAGCGGCCCACUGCUUCUACGACGAGGUCUACAACCAAAUGCACGACGCGUCGAAGUACUCCGUGGCCGCCGGCAAACAUUAUCGCGAUUGGAACGCCAGGGAGAAAUACGCGCAGAAAUCGUCGGUGGAGAGCAUCCGGGCGCCCGACCGGUACCAAGGGGCGAGGGGCAAUUUCGCCGAGGACAUAGCUUUACUCAAGUUGAAGACGCCCUUCGAGCUGACUAGCCUAGUCAGGCCCGUCUGCAUCGACUGGGACAAUACGCACGAGAGGGAGCAGCUGCAAGUGGGACACGCCGGCAAGGUGGCCGGCUGGGGCAAAGACAUCAAAGGCGAAUCCACCAGGAGCUUACAGGAAAUUGACAUGCCGUUCGUGCCGUACGAUCAGUGUUUGUCCGCGGUUCCUGUAGAUUUUCGAGGAUUCCUCACGUCCGACAAGUUCUGCGCCGGCCACUUGAACGGUUCGAGCGUAUGCGACGGAGACAGCGGCGGUGGCCUGUGCUUCGAGAAGGACGGCGUUUGGUAUCUUCGCGGCGUCGUGAGCGUAAGCCCGGAGAACAGAGGCAGCUGCGAUUACAACUCGUACGUUGGAUUUACCUACACCAGUCACUUCCGUGAUUGGAUUCGCGAGGCCUACGUCAACGCGUAAAACGCGUUUCGCGUGGGCCGUGUGAAUUGUACGAACGCGCGCGAAAUAUAUCGCCGGCAUCAUCGAGCCUGGCCGGUUCGAUGUGAAAACAAAGAUAACAGCAGCGAAAUAAUAUGGAUUGACAAUUGUAAAUCUCCUUCACAAUUUUAGCCCAUCGAGUGGCAAAAAACGCGAAAAUGGAAGGAUGGAGAUUUGAAGAUUUGCGCGAUGAUUGUUGGAAACGCAAUAUUAUCUCCGAGAGACACUAUCGAGCGUGAUUUAUAAAAGUUGUAAAAAAUCUGUACUGUGUACGAUACUCUUUUAUCAUAAUUUUAUCAUAAUAAAACGCAUUAAUUAUUACACCACACAUAUGCUGUGACGUAUCGCGCUUGGGAAGAAAUCAAUAAGGAAGUCAUUAUGGC